AUGGAGGAGUUGAAAAUUGAUAAGGUCAAAAACUCAUUGCAUCGCAGUAUAUCUGUUCAUGCCAUUCCAUCCAUAGCUAACCUUUGUGACAACCUAUUCAAUAAUCAAUCUCGUAAACUCUCCUAUUCUUCAGCAAGUGCGCAAGGCAAACGACCCACCAUGGAAGAUGAGCACUUCUUUGUGAAGAACAUUGAAGAGGCUCUUAGCCAACCUCCAAAUUUUCGAUUUCAUGCCAUGUUUGGUGUUUUUGACGGGCAUUGCGGACCUGAAUGUGCACAACAUUGUAAAGAGGACAUUGUUAGGGCCUUUGUUGAAAGCUUUGAAGCUUGUGACAUUGAAUUCAAGCAAAAGUUGUUCGGAGGUUCAGACGAUUCGCUCUUUUCAGCAGAAGAAUAUUAUGCUGGUUGUACAGCCAAUGUUUGUGUUUUAAGGAACGAUGAUUUAUAUGUCGCAAACCUUGGAGACACAAGGUGUGUUCUCGCCCACAAAGGUUUUGCUAUUCAACUUUCAGAAGAUCACAAACCAAGCAAUAAGGAUGAGAGGAUGAGGAUUGAAAAAAACGGAGGAAUUGUUUCAUUUGGAAGAGUGAAUGGAGCUCUUGCCGUAUCAAGAGCCUUCGGAGAUUUUGAGUUUAAAAGAAGGGUUCAAAUCUUGUGA